AUGGAUGAACAAUUGACUGAGGUUCUCCGCCUCUAUCCAACGGUAGCGAGGAUUAACCGCGUGGCCACGGCGGACACUCCAUUACCGGAAGUAAGAAAUGACGGGAAAGCGAGAAUAAUUCGAAAGGGAACUACGAUAGCCAUAUCAGCCGAUGCGUUCCACAAAGACGAGCAGUUCUAUCCAGAUCCCUUCAAAUUUGACCCGGCCCGAUUCAAUAAGGAAAAUAAGGCGAAAAGGAGCCCCUAUGUGUACAUGGCGUUCGGAAUCGGACCAAGAAAUUGUAUCGGGAUGCGAUUUGCCUUGGUGGAGACGAAAGUAGCUUUGGCCCACAUUGUGAGGAAUUUUGAAAUCAGACCGUCCUCUGGGACCCCAGUGCCUGCGAGGAUGGAGAAAGACAUGCUUGGAUAUAAGGUAGGGACCGACGUCAGGCUUAAAUUAAUCCCGAGAACUUAA